GAAUGAGCAAACGGCUGAUUUUGGGAAUCAGACUUGGUUGAAUGAAAACCUAACAGCAACCAGCAAUGGUAAUAAACCGUCCGAUUAUACCUGCCUGAUCAAUAGUGUACAAUGCAUGACUCCCUAUCAUAGCCCACUGGGAGUACGCUCAGAAUUGUUUCUUCUUCUGGUCAGUCUGUUGUGUUAUUCGACGUCGCAGGAAUCCAAAAAGGGGUUGAACUAGGACCAAACGCGGUGGUAACGUUGGGUGAUGUGUGCUGCAUGAAUCGUAUGGAUCAACACCAGCUUGAGUCUUCAGGGAUUUUGUGUGCAGUCGCUGGUGGUCAGCUGUUAUGUGGUCGUGACAGCUCGUUAAUUCUGGGCAGAGUUUGACACACAGAUGCAGUAAUAAUACCGUGGACAAACGUUUUUGGGGGAUGCUCUGGCUUCUGUGUGCGUUUAAACGUCGAGUCUUUCUCUCCUCCGCUGGUCAAUGAAAGCGCGUGAGGGUCGGGAUGUGACGGUUUCGCAAUUAGGAUGUAACCAACCAAGCAUCGACAAGGCUGCAAUGAGAUGCGCAGGUUCAGUUCUAGCCCCGAAGGAGACGCUCAACUAAUGUAGCUUUGACGUCGACAUGGGAUUGUCCCCCACAUCAUCACGGUUUUUCUUAUAAUUCAUUUUACAUCAAGGCAAAAGAACGUGCUUGGGGAGGUAUUACAUAUUCACAACAUGAUAGAUGUUGGUAUGGCCAACUAUUGGAGUUGUAUAGUCUUUUUAUUCCAUGGCCUUGGCCUAUACUUAACAACCUUUCUGCAUACAGAGUUUAUAUUUGGAUUAUAAUGAAUUAGGUAAAACGAAGUCCUCCUGGAAAUGUAUUCUACACUAGAGGUCUGUUUGUUGUUACAGCAUAUGUCCCAGAUGACAUCUAAUUUAAUUGUUUUUAAGUGAUUUUCAAGAGCAUUUUGCCAUCUGCGGCCAAAGUUAUUCCCAGUCAUCAAUAGGCCUAUGCGUCACAUUUUCAAACGUAUCAUGGACAUACAUUUUCCCUAUCAUAAUGGACAUUUAACUGGACACAUUUAAUUGACUUCAAUAUCCUCUGAAUUCAGUCAUCACGGAUUUCUCAGGAAUGUCAUAGACCUGUCAUUUAAGAAAACAUUGUGACAAUGUAACAACAUUGUAACAAGAACAGUAAUUUGCGCGAAUUUGGCUUUUAUAAGAGACUAUAAGCAGGCACGUGUGUGGUCCUGUGUGUUGCUUUUUUCUUUUACUUUUAUCUGAGAAGUAUAAUGUCCAGAUCUAACAGUGUGAGCCCGCCCGGAGUCGGUGCGCCUGGGCUGAGGGGAGGGACUGAGCUCAGAUCUGCUUGGGGCGAGUCUGAGUCUAUUGCAAACGGAUGCCCAUACUCGGCUAGAUCUCCGAGCAAAAAACUCGCCCGGUCGAACAGCAGAUGGAGGGAAGGAGAUGAUGAUCCCGAACAGCAGCCCGGACCAGGACGAGCCACGACAACGGUUAGCAGGGUCAGUUUUAGGUCUAGAUCUGCGUGGCAAGAGCAUGGGACUGGGGAAGAGAGCCGAAACAACAAUCGAUCUUCCCCAAGGCACGCAGAUGGAGCCGGGGAAGUGAGACCCAAAUCAGUGGAGUUGGGCUUGGAGGACCGGAGAGUGAAGGGCUCCAAACCCGAGGAGGAACUCAUGCCUGAAGUUCACCUCUCAAUGGUUGCGUGCUGCAGCAGCGCGAUGCAGAUUUUCAGAUCCAAGAAAUUCCAAUCGGAGAAGUUGGAGAGGCUUUACCAGCGUUACUUUUUCCGGCUCAACCAGAGCAGUUUGACCAUGCUCAUGGCCGUUUUGGUGCUUGUGUGCGCGGUCAUGCUGACAUUCCAUUGCGCGGGGGGAGUAUGCAGGAUAACUUACGUGGUGGUCUUUUCCUUGGCCAUCUUACUUAUCCUCAUAUUGAUGGUGGUGUGCAAUCGGAACGGGUUUCAUCAGGACCACAUGUGGAUAGUCUGCUAUGUGGUCAUUCUAGUCGUGCUGGUUGUACAAGUGAUCGGGGUGCUGCUUGUGCAGCCGCAAAGUGCUUCUGAGGGAAUUUGGUGGACGGUGUUCUUUAUCCAUGUCAUCUACACGCUGCUCCCGGUUCGGAUGCGGGCUGCGGUUAUCACUGGAGUUAUACUGUCUACCAUCCAUGUGGCUGUCUCUUGGAAGUUAAACGAAAGGGAUGCCUUUAUAUGGAAGCAGAUAGUGUCCAAUGUCCUGAUCUUCUCCUGUUCUAACAUCGUGGGCGUGUGUACCCACUACCCAGCCGAGGGGUCCCAGAGACAAGCCUUCCAGGAGACCAGGGAGUGCAUCCAGGCUCGCCUCCACUCACAGAGGGAGAACCAGCAGCAGGAGCGUCUCCUGCUCUCCGUGCUUCCCCGUCAUGUUGCCAUGGAGAUGAAAGCUGAUAUUAACGCUAAGCAGGAAGACAUGAUGUUUCACAAGAUCUACAUCCAGAAGCACGACAACGUCAGCAUCCUGUUUGCGGACAUCGAGGGGUUUACCAGUCUGGCGUCCCAGUGUACUGCCCAGGAGCUGGUGAUGACACUCAAUGAACUUUUUGCCCGCUUCGACAAGCUGGCCGCGGAGAACCACUGCCUGCGUAUUAAGAUUCUUGGCGACUGCUACUACUGUGUGUCUGGGCUGCCAGAGGCCCGGGCCGACCACGCAUCCUGCUGUGUGGAGAUGGGUGUGGACAUGAUCGAGGCCAUCUCGCUCGUGAGAGAGGUCACAGGGGUCAAUGUGAACAUGCGUGUGGGCAUCCAUAGCGGCAGGGUCCACUGUGGGGUACUGGGACUCAGGAAGUGGCAGUUUGACGUGUGGUCCAACGAUGUCACGUUAGCUAAUCACAUGGAGGCUGGGGGCGCGGCAGGGCGGAUCCACAUCACCAAGGCCACUCUGAACUACCUGAAUGGAGACUAUGACGUGGAGCCAGGAUCAGGAGGAGAGAGGAACGUCUAUCUGAAGAGUCACAACAUUGAAACCUACCUCAUCGUGGGCUGCAGCCAGAAAAGGAAAGAAGAGAAGGCGAUGAUAGCGAAAAUGAACCGUCAGCGCGCCAACUCUGUCUCUCACAACACGGGCCACUGGACCGACCGGCCUUUCUACAACCACGGAGGAAACCAGAUCUCCAAGGAGAUGAAGAGGAUGGGAUUUGAAGACCCCAAGGACAAACAUUUCAUUUUCAGAAACACGCAGGAAAACCUGAACCCAGAGGACGAGGUGGACGAGUUUCUAGGGAGAGCCAUCGACGCCAGGAGUAUCGACCGGCUACGCUCCGAACACGUCAAGAAAUUCCUGCUGACCUUCAGAGAACCAGACCUGGAGAAGAAGUACUCCAGACAAGUGGACUCCAGAUUUGGAGCAUACGUGGCCUGCGCCUCUCUUGUCUUCCUCUUCAUAUGUUUCAUCCAGAUUGUCAUUGUACCACACUCCACUUUGAUGAUUGGGUUCUACACCACCUGUCUGAUCAUCCUGGUGGCUGUCAUGUUUGUCUCAGCAGUCUACUCCUGCUUUGGGUUUUUCCCGGUGCCUCUCCAGACCUUGUCCAAGAGGAUCGUCCAGUCCAGACUCAACAGCACCUUGGUGGGAGUCUUCACCAUCAUCCUGGUCUUUCUCUCUGCCUUCAUGAACAUUUUCACCUGCAGUACUGGAGACCUGAGGACUUGUCUGAGCUGGGAGCUGAACAUCAGUCGCAGCAGUGUGAACGCCUGCCAUGUACGCAGCCUCAACUACACCCUUGAAUCACUAGACGGCUUCUGUGGCAGUCCCUCACCCAACUGCAACUUCCCUGAGUACUUCUCUUCCUGUGUGUUGUUGAGCCUGCUGGCCAGCUCAGUCUUCCUGCAGGUCAGCAGUAUAGGUAAACUCCUACUCAUGCUCUUCAUCGAGAUCUUCUACGUCCUCAUCAUGGAGGUGCCAGAGGUCAGCCUGUUCGACAACGUAGACCUGCUGGUCAUGGCCAACGCUAUUGAGCACAUAAAUGGAACAAGCUGUGUGAUGGACUCUAAGGUCCCUCUGAAGAUCAUGACUCCUGUAGUCAUCACUGUUUUCGUCCUGGCUUUGUAUCUACACGCCCAGCAGGUGGAGUCCACAGCUAGGCUCGACUUCCUCUGGAAACUACAGGCCACAGAGGAGAAAGAGGAGAUGGAGGAGCUACAGGCCUACAACCGUCGCCUCCUCCACAACAUCCUCCCCAAAGACGUGGCCGCCCACUUCCUGGCGCGGGAGCGUCGGAACGACGAGCUCUACUACCAGUCCUGUGAGUGUGUGGCCGUCAUGUUCGCCUCCAUCUCCAACUUCUCUGAGUUCUACGUGGAGCUGGAAGCCAACAACGAGGGAGUGGAGUGUCUCCGGCUGCUCAACGAGAUCAUUGCAGACUUUGACGAGAUCAUCAGUGAGGACCAGUUCCGCCAGCUGGAGAAGAUAAAGACCAUCGGCAGCACCUACAUGGCUGCCUCUGGCCUCAACGACUCUACCUACGACAAGGAAGGCCGCUCACACAUCAGAGCCCUGGCAGACUACGCCAUGAGACUCAUGGAUCAGAUGAAGUACAUCAACGAACACUCCUUCAAUAACUUCAAGAUGAAGAUCGGUCUUAACAUGGGUCCAGUGGUGGCUGGGGUGAUCGGGGCCAGGAAGCCCCAGUAUGAUAUCUGGGGGAAUACCGUCAACGUUGCCAGCCGCAUGGACAGCACUGGUGUACCUGACAGGAUCCAGGUGACUUCUGACCUGUACAAUGUGCUGAACUCCUAUAACUACACACUAGAGUGCCGAGGCCUGGUCAAGGUGAAGGGUAAAGGAGAGAUGCAGACCUACUUCCUCACUGGAGGACCUCCCAGCAGUUAACACCCAGGGUGUGUCUGAAAUGGCACACUAUUCCAUGUAUAGUGCACUACUUUUGACCAGGGCCCAUAGGUCUCUGGUCAAAAGUAGUGCACUACAUAGGGAAUAGGGUGCCAUUUCAGACGCAAUCUAUUUAAAAGUAGCCCCAGUAACGGACUGACACUGGCGCAGGAGAAGUAGAAGGGGGGGCUGUUGGACUAAAAGGGGCUUACCCCCAAGCCUUUGACGAGCAGGUUCAUAGACCUGUGUUAGCUUGGGGAGCUGACUGCCCCCCACCCAUACCCCUUCUCCUACAUUUAGUCCCUCUCUACCUGCACAGGUUAGCCUCCGAUUGGCCCAGAGUGAAGGAGACCCCACCCAGCGUUCUCUCGGAUUGGGGGAAAGAGACAGAGGGAGGGUCUUAGAGGGCAUGGGUUCGCUGAGGAGACCAAAGAAGUCCUAUCAGACUGCAGAAGACAGACAUAUUAUGACAGCAGUCUCUCACAGUCUUAUUCCCACCAGGCAGUGUGAGAUAAGGAACCACUUACAGCCAAUCAUCUCACAGUACUGUAGGUCUCUGUAAGGUUCUCUGAGGAAAUCGCUACACUACCUGUGUUGUCAUAGACAUUCUGCUGAAGGAUCCAAGUCGAUCCAAACAAACCCUGCAUGAAGACACUGAAAACCAUAUAUACACGUAAAACACACACUGUUUUAUCUGUAUAUAUAUAAGUAUAUAUAUGUGAAAACAAACUGUUUUUGUCCAUACAGUCCAUGUAUGUUGUCUUUGUACACUGUUGUACUGUUAACUGGUACAGAUAUUGCAAUUCUCCAAACAAUGGGUAUACUACACACUAACAUGGCCAUCGCCAGCCAGUACAGCAACACUGUCAAACCCUUUACUAGAGUUGGUCAGAGAGGAAGGAGCAGUGUGUUUAAUCACCAGUAGGGGUCCUAGGUGGGCCGUUAACCUGGCAGGGUAUUUGAACGACCAGAGUGAGACUGCUCUGCUCCUCUCCGUGAGUUUACAGAACUCUUCCACAGUCUACUUUACACACAGGCACAAACACACACACACACACAAACGUGCAACAGACACACACACGCAGAAACACACACACACACACACAUACAGUGGCAAGAAAAAGUAUGUGAACCCUUUGGAAUUACCUGGAUUUCUGCAUAAAUUGGUCAUUCAAUUUGAUCUGAUCUUCAUCUAUGUGACAAUAAUAGACAAACACAGUGUGCUUAAAUUAAUAACACACAAAUUAUUGCAUUUUUCUUGUCUAUAUUGAAUAUAUAAUUUAAACAUUCACAGUUUAGGUUGGAAAAAGUAUGUGAACCCCUAGGCUAAUGAUUUUAGUUAGAGCUGCUCUGCCCCAUAAAAAAAACCUCACAAAAUGUUUGUUUGCUAUUCAAUAGAAGCAUUGUCUGGUGUGAAUCAUGCCUCGAACAAAAGAGAUCUCAGAAGACCUAAGACUAAGAAUUGUUGCCUUGCAUAAAGCUUGAAAGGGUUACAAAAGUAUCUCUAAAAGUCAGUCCACGGUAAGACAAAUUGUCGAUAAAUGGAGAAAUUUCAGCACUGUUGCUACUUUCCUUAGGAGUGGCCGUCCUGCAAAGAUGACUGCAAGAGCACAGCGCAGAAUGCUCAAUGAGGUUAAGAAGAAUUCUUGAGUGUCAGCUAAAGACUUACAGAAAUCUCUGGAAGAUGCUAACAUCUCUGUUGACGAGUCCACGAUACGUAAAAAACUAAACAAGAAUGAUGUUCGUGGGAGGACACCACGGAAGAAGCCACUGUCCAAAAAAACAUUGCUGCACGUCUGAAGUUCGCAAAAGAGCACCUGGAUGUUCCACAGCGCUACUGGCAAAAUAUUCUGUAGACAGAUGAAACUAAAGUUGCGUUGUUUGUAAGGAAGGAACACACAACACUAUGUGUGAAAAAAAAAGGCACAGCACACCAACAUCAAAACCUCAUCCCAAAUAUAAACUAUGUUGGAGGGAGCAUCAUGGUUUGGGGCUGCUUUGCUGCCUCAGGGCCUGGACAGCUUGCUAUCAUCAACGUAAAAAUGUAUUCCCAAGUUUAUCAAGACAUUUUGCAGGAGAAUGUAAGGCUAUCAGUCCGACAAUUGAAGCUAAACAGAAGUUAGGUGAUGCAACAGGACAACAACCCAAAAUACAGAAGUAAAUCAACAACAGAAUGGCUUGAACAGAAGAAAAAAUGCCUUCUGGAGUGUUCCAGUCAGUCAUGACCUCAACCUGAUUGAGAUGCUGUGGCAUGACCUCAAGAGAGCGGUUCACACCAGACAUCCCAAGAAUAUUGUGGAACUGAAACCGUUUUGUAAAGAGGAAUGGUCCAGAAUUCCUCCUGACCGUUGUGCAGGUCUGAUCCGCAACUACAGAAAACAUUUGGUUGAGGUUAUUGCUGCCAAAGUAGGGUCAACCAGUUAUUACAUUUUUUUCAACCUGCACUGUGAAUGUUUACACGGUGUGUUCAAUAAAGACAUGAAAAAUUAUAAUUGUUUGUGGGUUAUUAGUUUAAGCAGACUGUUUGUCUAUUCUUGUGACUUAGAUGAAGAUCAGAUAACAUUUUAUGACCAAUUUAUGCAGAAAUCCAUAUAAUUCUAAAGGGUUUACAUACUUUUUCUUGCCACUGUACACACACAUACAAAACACACAGACCCCCUCCCACACAGACACAUGCUGAAAACACUUUCAGCCGAGGAUGUCAAUGAAAAGCUUUUUUGUAUUUUCAACAUUUUGUAUUUUGACUCCAAAACACCAAACUCUAUCAGAUAUUUUAGAUUCUAUAUUUUGUACAUUAAUAUAUUAGAGAGAGACAUCUGUAAAUAAACACCAAGUGUAUUCGAAUGUACAUAGCUGACAGAGACAUAUUACAAUCAUGCACAUUCGCAAGGGGUGGGAGAUAUCAAGCAGUUGCCUGCACUUGUGGCAAGGCCAUUUUCUUUUACCUUAUUAACACCCUGCAGUCAGUCCAUACCAUAGAUAGAUAUAGUUUUGGUGCUCUAAGAAGCCUUUUUGAACUACACUGCUACUGUCCCCCACCCCAUCCCACCAACCCUGGUUCAAUCAGAUAGUAUGACCCAAUGAAUGUCCAAUGUUCUCCAAUGAGGCCUUUAUUCUAUAGGCUAUAAUUUACUGAUGACAUGAUCCUUAUGUUAAAUAAAGUAAAGACCAGCUUUGUGGGAGUCCAUGUGGAUAUGCUUUCAUUUUUACCUUUGACCUGCUGUAUAUUUUAUUCCUGGUUGUGUCCCAAAUUGCACCCUAUUCCCUAUUUAGUGCACUAAUUUUGACCAGGGCUCCAAUCACAAGUAGUGCACUAUGUAGGCAAUAGUAUGCUUUUUGGGUUACACACCAUGGUCAAAAGUAGUGCACUAUGAAGGCAAUAGUAUGUUAUCUGGGUCGCACACCUGUUUUACUAGAGCAUCCCCAUUAGAUGUCUUAUCCUUUGGUCUUUAAUCAUUUCUAACUGAAACACUCCUUCCUACCUUCUUCAGUCCCUCUACACUCCUCAAAAUGGUGCCAUUUUUUGCUCUUGUGACUUUCUUUACUGUUAUUGUGUGUCAUUGGUUGUGUUAUAAGGUUUUAUAGGAGGUUGAGAUUGUACUUUAGCUGCUGGGCCUUUGAAAAUAAGCAAGGAAAAUACAGUGCCAUUGAAUUCCAUUUACCUUUCACAUUCGUUCUCAAACUUGACUUUGAGAGGGGUACAUUUCAGGUGAUGGGACAGACAGACAGUCUGUUAGGGGGGCAGUGGGGCAUGGCUCCCUUCCUCUCCAUAUACUUGGAGAUAGGAUGAACCUCAUGAAGUGUUCCUUAGAUAAAGGAGUGGUGAGGAGAAGAGAAAUGGCAUCAGUGCAUUUUUAGUCAGAGGCAAACCUUCGGUUGUCUUGGCUUUCUAUCAUGUCAAACACUAUGCUGUUUUUUUUACAUUCAAAUAAACCACUCAAAUGUCA